AUGAAUUAUGAAUAUACAUAUCAAAGCCAAUUAUCUGAUCUUAUACUUUUAGAUAUAACAACUGAAAUUAAUAGGUCUUCUAAUAAUAAAAGUAUUGUAAAUGAAAAUAAUACUGAUAACUAUAUAAUUGAAAUAUUUGAUAAAUCCUUCAGGAAUUGGAAUGCUGUUAAUAUUGCUAUUAAUACAUAUGCAAAACAGAAUAGUUUUGUUGUUAUUAAAAUGCGUAAAGACCUUAAUUCUGUAAAUAAAACUAUUGUUCAACAUCAUGUUUAUAUAAAAGUAAUUGAAGAUAAACUUAAUAAGAAAGCACAAUAUAGUCAAAUUAGAAAUUAUUAUAAAUCAAAUCUAUUAGUCAGUUUUCUAUCUAUUUAUGAUACUAUCUUUAAAGACAUAAAUUCUGUUUUAAAAGAGUACUUAGCAUUUAUUUCAUUAUCUCUUCAAAAAGCUCAAAUGAAGCAGUUAUUAUUAUAUCAAGAAAUGAUAAUUACAUUCAAUCAAGUUGAAGAAUCUAAUAAUGAACCUAGUGGCAUAAUUGAACAUAUAUAUAAUAGAUUGCAAAUUAGGCUCCAUAAUCUUUUAUCUGAUAUAGAUGAAGAUGAAAUUUAA